AUGCAUUGCAACGAAUGUGGGCACCCCUUGCCCUCUGUCCGCGACACAAGUACCAUCUGCAGCAAAUGCAAGACGCCCGUAGCAACGUGGUGGGAUGAGACGUCCCAGACCUUCCGGACGAACCGGGAGAUUCUCCUGCCGUAUAGUCCUACCUCGUCGCUAGAUUCUAGUAGAGGAGACAAUAUAACGCAGAGGGGGAAUACGCAAACGAUCGAGGAGAGGGCAUUCUCUACAGCGCUCAUUAUGAUCGAGGCGCAUUUUGAGAAGAUGAGGGGUCCGGGGUUCAAGGUUAUGCUAGAAGUGAAGAAGAUGGUUGCCCAAACACUGGAUAGGAGUUUGAAUAAGGCGAACGUUAGGGAACGACUCGCAAAGAACGUAGAUAUUUGGAUGCGCCUCCAGAAAAUCUUCAACUUGGCUGUGCCCUCCCUCGUUCAGCGCUCCUUGAGAGAAUCUUAUACCGAAGCCGGCAUUCCUAACGGCCUUGACGUUCCCGAGUCCGCCACGCUGAUACUCAAGAAUUACGAAUCUCUAAGGGAGGAUUUACAUUUUCUGAAUAAUUUGCUGGUUAUUAGUAGGAAUAUGCUGGCGAUCAAGGAGACAGCCCAGGAAAUUUGCGCGGCAGUACAGUUUGAUAAGGCUGUUCAGAAGCUUAUUAUUCUGUGCGUGAACGUUACGAGUAAGGGUUACGACGGCGAGAAUGUUACGGAUAUGGACAGGGCGAGGCUGUUGGAGAUUACAGAGCUUUACAAAAAGCUCCUAGUUACCUGUCUUCAACAUACGCAUAACUGGACUAUGGGAAAUGAUCGCUUCAAGAUGUCGUUCUGGUUUGAAAUGCUGUUCGACAAUGAUUUGCGGAAUGAUGCUAUCCACGAAAUGCCGCCAGACGACUUAAAUGUCGAAAAGGUGUAUGAGGAGGUCAAGAACUGGUUAAGACGGCACAACAAGAAAGAUGCGUUGGCAACUGAGCUGCUUGAUAAAUAUACGGCCGAUGUUCCGUCGGGCCAAACUGCUGGCUUAUUACCAAUGCUACCGGAUGAAGGGGACGCAUGUUUUACCGGAGAGCCUACCACGCCAGUCUGGAAUGCGGAUUUGGAUGACAAAUGCGAGCAAGAUCGUCUCUAUGCCAGGGUUUCCCAUGAGAUUGAUGUCUGGUGGAAGAGAGUCCGAGAUGCAAAUUACGAUGGUUGGGUCGUGCCGAUGGAGACCGUUGAGGGGGCCAUAGAACGAGCGGAGACAUGCAAGGAGAAUGCAAUGCAUCGAUUUAUGCCUCGAGAGGAAGACCACGACCAUCACUAUGCCCAUGAUGAACAAUAUGAACACCACGAACGCCAUGGUGGUGGUAUUGAUGACCACGAUGAGGUUGAUGCUCGAUCGAUCCAGGGGGAUGAUGGGGAGGAAGAUGACGGUGAAGAAGAAGAGGAGGAAGAUGAUGACGACUCGUAUGUUGAAGGACCAUUGCGGGGGCUCUUGACAGAAAUUCCGAAUAUCCUGGACACGAAGCAGAUUGAAGCUUUGCACAUGACAGUCAAGGCCUGUAUUGUGGAUUCUAUGGGAUCUGGUCUCACCCCUGCUGGCGAAAACCUCCAGAAGACUAGAUGCAAGAUGUUCUUGGCUCUUGACUGUGGAAAAAAUCUCCUUCGAGAAAUGCUCGUCUUUAUUGCAGUUUGGGAACAGACCGACCAACAAUUCAUCUUCCAAAUCACGGCUCAAAUAGUUGAGUCCUUCCACCAUAAUGCGCUACUACCUUACGCUUGGAACUCUCUACGAAUCCUGAAAGAUAUCGUCUCACCCGCGCAGACCGUACUCCUCCGCCUCAUCAACUACAUGUUCCGCGCCCGGAAGGAUAGCCCCAUUUAUGAUGACCUUAAAGAUUACAACCGCGAUGCUAAGCUCAUACACUUCCUCUACAACUAUUUUCGGUGUCGAGUUGUGCCAGAUUGCCUCGCCCUUCUCUACGCACAAGCUCAGAUUCGACAGAACAAAUGCCACCCCAGUGACUUCCCCGUAGAUCUAUGGGAUAUGGAACGGGCGAAGGACGGCCUAUCGCAGUAUCUCGAUUUCAUCUCAGUGAUAGCGGAGAUUCAGGAAAUGAGACACCUCCUUAUUGAAUGGGAGUGUGCUUACGAGCUUAUCUCUCUACUGAAAGCGCUCGAGGCUGGUGUUGCACGCAAGUCAUUGGAUGAGCGAUCCUUGCCUGGACCAAGUCGACGAACUCCUGGAGGUCAGCCGUCAGGCUCAACGACGCCCAUUGUUGAACGACCCUAUGAUGAACAAGUCCAAAAUCAAUCACCUCACCCACCGCCUCAUCUCCCACCCAUGCACGACACGCCCCACAAAUUCCCAUGGUCAGGCGUCAAGAUUCAAAUCCUCAUCAUCCUAACCUCACUCCUCGCGCCCACAAAUCCACGCCGCAAUGGCCCAGGGAAUCCUAUCGUGCAACGACAGCUCUUGGAUCGAGCGGGAAUCAUGCCACUUCUCAACUGCUGCGUCUACGAUGGACAUAACGAAUAUCUAAAGGAGAGAGCCACACUUGCGAUUAAGUUCGUCAUGGAAGGCUGCGAAGAGGCACAGAAAUUCGUGCGCGACCUGGUUCCUGUUAAGCAAGCACAGGCCCAAGCACAGGUAAAAGCCCAGGCGGAGGUGAAACAGAAACAGAGUACCAGUGCAGGAUUGGGGAGUAGCUCUCAAAAUGGCGAGACUUCUGUAAGGGGUAUUCAGGAUGCAGCCGAGGCGGCCGCAGCGGAGUUGGCAAGAAAGGUUGAAGCCAUGAGGGCUGGACGGGAUAUUCUGACUGAGAAUAAAAAUGUCAUUGAGAAGGCGAAAAACGUUUUGAGGGCUCAGGGCCACGUCGUUGAGGGUGACGAUGAGGCUAAGAGGAUUCUUGGGCAUUCGAUGGUUGCGGAAGCGGUGAAGGGGAAGGAGAAUGGAAAGGGGAAGGGGAAGAAUAAGAAAUAG